AUGAUAAAUAAUAAUAAUAAUAAUUUUAAUUAUGAAAAUAAAGAAAAUCAAUAUAAUCAUACCCCUGUUAACAGAAGUAACAGUGGUGGAUUUGAAAAAUCAACACCAUUAUCACCAUUAUCACCUCAACCAAUGAUGAUGUCACCAAAAACCAAUGGUUCAACAAAAACACCAUUAUCACCAUUAUCACCAAAUGAUAAAAUGGUUUUAUCACCACCAAAAUCAAUAAAUAAUAAUAAUAAAUUAAAUUUAAUGGGACCACCAAGUGGAAUUCCAUUAAAAAGACCAACUAGUAAUUUAUUUGAAUAUGUUUCAAAACAAAUUACAUCAAAUUCUUUAAAUUCAACUACUAUUGUAUUACCAACUUCAACUUCAAAUGAAAAUUUAAAUUUAUAUAAUAAUAAUAAUAAUAAUAAUGAAUUUUCAUUUCCAACACCACAAAGUGUACCUUCAACAUCAACAACAACAACAACACCAACAACAUCAAAUAAUAAUACACCAAUACCAACACCAACAUUAUCAAGAAAUAAUACAUUAAAUAGAAGAUCAGCACAACAACAACAAGCUAACAAAACAUUUUCAAAAACUGGUGAAGAAGAUUAUUUUUCAACUAAAAAAAGAGAAGAUAGAAAAAGUACUCAAUUACUAAGACAAAGUAGUAAAAGAGAUAUGUUAAUUCAAGCUUCAAGACAAUUAAAUCAAAGAUCAUCACCACCAAAACAACAACAACAACAACAACAACAAUUACAAAAACAACAAGAAGAAGAAGAAUUACAAAAACAAUUAAAACAAAUUAAUGAAGAACAACAAAAAUUAUUACAAGAAAAGAAACAACAACAAUUACAAGAAUUUUUAAUUAAAGAAAAGAAAAGAACAGAAUCUAUUAAGGAGGUUUAUACAUCAGAGUUUGCAUAUAUUGGUCAUUUGAAUACAGUGAUUGAUCAAUAUCUGCUACCAUUGCGUAGAGAGUAUUCUGCACCUGAAGAGGUUAGAUUAAUUGUAUCGAUCUUUUCAAAUAUUGAAAGUAUUAGAUCAAUUAAUAAAUCCAUGCUAUUGGAUAGGGUUGGUGAACGUAUUAGUAAUAUUGGUAGUUCGACAAAUACAAGUUUAAAUGUAAUCAUCUCUGAUCUAUUCUUGGCAUUGAUUCCAUCGAUUUCAAAUAUUUACAUUGAAUAUUAUGUAAACUAUUAUCGUUCUUUACAUAGUUUAGAUUAUUGGUUCAAUAAAUGUAAAAAGUUUAAAAAAUUCUUGGAUCAUGAUUCAAUGAUUUUAAAAUCAUUAUUAAUUAUGCCAAUUCAACGUAUUCCAAGAUAUUCUCUACUAUUGGAUGCUAUCAUUCGUUUUACAAAUCCAACUCAUCCUGAUUUUCAAAAUUUAAAUUUGGCUUUAGAAAAAAUGAAACAAUUAACUGAAAUUAUUAAUGAAAAAAUUCGUCAUUCUGAAUUAAUUCAAAGAGUUACAAAUAUUAGAUUUAAAUUUAAUGAUACAAUUGGUUUUUUGGAUCAAACACAUAGAAUUUUAAUUAAAGAUAGUGGUGAUAAUACACUUCAAUUACAACCAUUUAAAUGUGUUAGUAUGUAUAAUAGCAACAAUAAUAAUAAUAAUAAUGAAAAUUUAAUAGAAGAAGAAGAUAUAAAUAGUAAAGAAAGUGAUGAUUUAACAGAUGAAGAAGAAUACAAUAGUGGUUUAAUUUUAAAUACAUCUUUUAAAAGAUCAUUGUCUUCAAUUCCUCAACAAUCACAAAUUAAAAAAAGUUCUAAUAAUAGUAUUUUAAAGAAAUCAUCAUCAAUGAUUACAUUAGUACCAAGUGAUUGUGUACUUUAUUUAUUUAAUGAUACAUUAUUAUUAGGUACAACUUCUCAAAAUAAUAUAAAUAAUAAUAAUAAUUUAAAUGAAGAUUCAAAUAGUAAUAAUAAUAAUAAUAAUAAUAAUAAUAAUAAUAAUGGUAAUAAUAAUGGUAAUAAUAAUGGUAAUAAUAGUAAUGGUAAUAGUAAUAAUAGUAAUGGUAAUAAUAGUAAUAAUAAAUAUAAUGUUGUUUUAAAAUCAAAAUUAGUUGAAAUUUUUAUAAAGGAUUAUACAAAAUUAGCACCAACUAUAUUUUCAAUUCACCAUAAUAGUGGCACUUAUUUAAUAUCUUGUCAAAAUAUUGAACAACGUGAAACUUGGGUUAAAGCUAUUUUAGAGACAAUAGAGAAAUUAAUUUCACAAGAUAAUGAAUUGGCAAUUAGAAGAAGUAAAAUCUCUUUAAAAGGUAGUGAUGAAUAUGGUUGGUAUGCUUUCGAUUCAGAAUGUCAAUCUCAAGAUGCAAACCUAAUUUCACGUUCUCUUCAAGAGUUGGAGAAGAAUCAAGUUUUCACUCCAAAGAAACGUAAAUCAAUGAUUGGUAAAGUAAAACAAAGAAUGUCAAGUGCUUUAUCUUCUCCUCAUAAAAAUCAAAAUGUAAAAAGAAAUUCUUCAUUUGUUUUAAAUUCAUUAUGUAAUUAUGACUAA